AUGCUGGGCUGGAUGCUGGGGCGUGGGGACAACGCGCCGGACGCGGUUGACACCGGAGACGCGGAGAUUCUCGAUCAGCCAGACACCCCCGGUCCUGUUUUUGCUGCUAGAUCAUUCAAAAGUGCUCUCUUCGGCACUCCUAUUCGAGAAUCGCAUCGAGUGUUACGAGACAGGGCUAAAGCUGCAAAAUCGACAACCCUGGCGGCGGACAGUGGAUUAGAUACUCCAUUGAAACCGCAAGGCAUCCUGCUCACUCCUGGUACGGGGACCUCGAGGCCGAAGCGCGUGUCAUUCAACCAUGAUCUUGCGACGACCAAGACCAUUUCGCCGAAUAACGAGGGGCCCGCAGUCGGCAAAAGAACCCGUCUAUCUGAUGUGCUUGACAAAGCGAGACGCAAAAGCACCACAAACGUUUCCAAAGUGGCCGAGCCCCGUAUCAUCAAUGACGAAUCGGAUGAGGACGAAUGGGAGGAGGACGAACUCGACGAAAAUGGCGAUUAUUAUGCACAUGAUACCACGGUGGACCUGAACGAGCCACACUCUCAAUCGGGCAAAUAUUGGAAAGAAGAGUUCGAAAAGUACCACAGAGAGGCACGAGCGGAGAUGGAGAAGCUCCUCAAGUACAAGAAACAUCUCAAAUCUUAUGCGGAGGAGAAGGACUUGGAGGCUAUCCAUCUGGCUCAGAGGCUUAAGGAGGAACAAGAAAAGGUGGUCGCCAUGGAAAAGAUGAUUGCAGAGAACGCAAGUCACAUGGUAUCGAAACAGAAAGGAGCCUCCAGCGACGAAACAACGGAGUUGUUGGCGACCCUCACAAAACAGACGGCCCUCGCAGCCCAAUACCGACAUAGGGUUCAGGAAUUGGAAAGCCAGCUGGAAGAGCUGCACCAAGGGCGAGAAGAAGACGACGAAGAGAGAGAGCGGAUACGGCUUCAGGGAACGACUUCGCCCAAUACGGCAAGAACUCUAGUCGAAACACAACGAGAACUUCGACGAUCUCGCGCACAGCUCAAGGAGUUGGACGCCCUAAGAGACCAAGUAUCCUCUCUCAAGGCUCAGCUAAAAGCUUCUGAGCAGCGAAAGGGUGUGGAUCGCUCAACUUCCGAUGAGGCUACCGGUACAGUCAAGGUGAGGGAGCUCAAAGUACAACUUCAACAAGCAAGGGAAGAAUCAUCCAGGAAAGACGAUGAACUUGGCCAACUGAAGAAGGAAUUCGACUUGUUCAAGAAAGAGAGAGAAGCCCAUGAUUCGGAUACCAAAGCCGUGCUUGAACGUGCUCAAACCAAGAUUACCGACCUGAAGAAGGAGCUCAAAACACUCAAGGCCAAAGAUGCCGGCCGGAAUCAUAAAGCAGAGGACAACAAGUUGGCAAGGGAGGCCGAGGAUGGGGAAGUUUUACCGAGGCUCUCCGCGGCAACAAACGGUACUCGCAGGAGCAUCGACGUGGCAGAUCUUGAGAGGCCCCGACAUCUGGUUGAAGGAGUCAAUGCCAAGUCUCGAACAUUACGAGACAAAUAUCAAAACGAUGCCACGCCAGGCCAAUCUCGAGCAGCGGCAAAUGAGAAGUCCAAAUGGCCGCCCUCUGCGUCAAGAACGCCCAAAGAUACAAAACGUAACCGGUCUGGGAGCGACGCGGGAGAGGACAACGUUGCACUUUCCAGUAUGCCCGGGCUCGUGAAAUCAAUAGCUCAGUCCAAGAAAGCGGCAUCCAUCGACGAUACAGACGUCGAGAUCGACCUUUUGCAGGACCGCUUUGCUCGUCUCGGCGACGGUGACGCAGGUCAAGAAAGAAUAAAGGACAUACCCAAGACCGGCAACAGCAAGGCGUCACUGCCACCAGAGCGACGAGCGGCGGCUCUAGCUCGAAUUGAGAAGAGGAUGGCCGAGAAGAGGGCCCAGCGGCGAGAUGGAACGGACAAGGAAAACGAUGAAAUUGCCCAGCUUGAGAGUCGCCUGCACGAGGCAAAAGCUCGUCUGAGCGCCCUCGGGGCAUCAAACCCUGCCAUCCCGUUCCGGCCCGCCUCAUCGCCAUCGCCAUCUUCAUCAACGCAUUUCCUCCUCUUGCUCUCCGAUUCCGCCCUUCCCAUCGGAUCCUUCGCCUUCAGCAGCGGCCUGGAGUCCUUCGCGGCGCACAACGCCCGCGCCUCCUUCGGGGCCUUCCUCCCCCUCUCGCUGUCGUCCUAUGCCUCCACGACGCUGCCGUUCGUCCUGGCGGCGCAUCGCCAGCCCGCAGAUCUCGCGUCUCUAGACGACCAGCUCGACGCCGCCGUCGUCUGCACCGUCGGCCGGCGAGCCAGCGUCGCCCAGGGCCGAGCGCUGCUGAGCAUCUGGGAGCGCUCGUUCAAGGCCACGAUCCUCCCGGGCAGCGCCGCAGACGCCCUCGUCCUCAAGGACUUCUCCGCGCUGCUCCGUCGGGAGAGCACCAAGGCGGGCGGCGAGGCUCCUCUCGUCUCGGCGCACCUCGGUCCGUUGUUCGGCGCGAUUUGCGCCAUCGUGGGGCUGACGCUUAGACAGACGGCGUAUGUCUUCAUGCUGAGCCACGUCAAGGCGUUGAUUUCAGCGGCCGUGAGGGCGAAUAUGUUUGGGCCGUACCAGGCACAGAAGCUGCUUGCGAGUGAAAACGUGCAGGAUCUGAUUAAUGUGGUGGUGGAGAGGGAGUGGCACACGUCUGUUGAAGAGGCAGGACAGAGCGUACCGGUUAUGGAUCUAUGGGUUGGACGACAUGAGCUGCUUUACUCGAGAAUUUUCAACAGCUGA